AAUACUGCUGAACUAAUGAAACUUCGAGCUUUUGUUGAAAAAGCCGAAACAGAAAUGGUGAAAAAUUUGGAAAAUCGCCUCAAAGAAGUAAUGGAAAAUAUUUUAUUUCUAUCAGAUUAUACCUUAUUAACGCCAGUGGAAAUCAAAACCAAUAAUUUCGCUUUUCAAUGGUAUCACAAAAUGCCAUCGAUUUUCGAAGAGCAUCGAAAUAUAAUCGACAGUAAAACUGGCGAAUAUCAAGACGCAUUGGUAGAACGAAUUGAAAAAUUCCAACAGGAUCUUCAAUUAUAUUGGAAAUAUGCAAAUGAAAUGCAAUACUGGGGCAAUGUGGAUGAAAUAUUUCGUUACAAGAAAAAAGCAACAAGACUAGAAAGUCGUCUUCUUAUUGCCAUGGAAACAAUUGACGAAUUCAAUGAGGAGGAACAGAUGUUCGGAUGGGAAUUAUCACAAUACCCAUUAAGAAAACAGAUUGCAGACAAACUUGGACCUUAUAAAAAAUUUUAUGACGCUGCCUGCGAUUUUAUAUCAAAUAACAAUAACUGGAUGAACUCAAUGGUUGGCUCACAUGACCCAGAUGAAAUUGAAACAGUUUCUGGUACAUUGUUUCGCACUAUUUUGAAAUUAGAAAAAAAUUUCCAAGAGCCAGCUGUCAGAAAAUUGGCAGAAAAUGUUCGCGCAAACAUUGAAGAAUUUCGCGAACACAUGCCUCUAAUGUUAACACUUGGUAAUCCCGGUAUGAAAAGUCGUCAUUGGGAACAAGUUUCGGAAAUUGUUGGAUUUCCAAUUAAAGUUGAUGAAAAUAUGACAUUGGCCAAGAUAAUCGACUUUGGAUUGGAUGAAUACGUGCCAAAAUUUGAAGGCAUAUCAGAGGCAGCAACAAAGGAGAAUAAUUUGGAGAAAGCUUUACUAAAAAUGCAUACAGACUGGACUGAAAUAGAAUUUAUAACAAAUCCUUAUCGGGACACAGGAACUUAUGUAAUCGCCAGUAUCGAUGACAUUCAACUUUUGUUGGAUGAUCAUCUGACAAAGGCUCAAACUAUGAAAAAUUCUCUCUACAUAAAACCAUUCGAAAAAGAGACACUAGAAUGGGAAGCCAAGCUACAUCUCCUGCAGGAUAUUAUGGAUUAUUGGCUUAAAGUUCAAGCUACUUGGAUGUAUUUAGAGCCAAUUUUCUCUUCCCCUGAUAUCCAACAGCAAAUGCCGGAGGAAGGUCGACGAUUCAGUGCCGUUGAUAAAAUUUGGAGAGAUAUUAUGUCAUCAGUGGUGACAGAUCCAAAAGUCAUGUCGGUAGUUGAAAUUGACAAAAUGCUCGAUCGUUUGAAAAAAUCGACAAAUCUCUUGGAUUUAAUUCAAAAAGGUUUAAACGAUUAUCUCGAGAAGAAGAGAUUAUUUUUUCCAAGAUUUUUCUUUCUAUCAAAUGACGAGUUACUAGAAAUUUUAUCAGAAACAAAGGAUCCAACGAGAGUUCAACCACAUUUAAAGAAGUGCUUUGAAGGAAUUGCUAAAUUAAGUUUCACGGAACAGAUGGAAGUGACGAUGAUGAAAUCUUCAGAAGAUGAGCACGUAACUCUGGAGGAUAUAAUCGAUACUGUAGCAGCUCGAGGCCAAGUAGAAAAAUGGUUAGUCGAAUUAGAAACCGUCAUGAAAAAAAGUGUCAGAGCCCAGGUGAUACGGGCAAAAGAAAAUUAUCUGAAGAUAGAACGAGACAAAUGGGUUCUGCAAUGGCCUGGUCAAACAAUUCUUUGUAUUUCCCAACUUUAUUGGACUGCAGACGUAACGAGUGCAUUUUCCAAAGCUCCAGAAGGAUUAAAAGAUUAUAUAGAUGUGUGUAAUCAGCAACUAAAUCAAAUCAUCCUUCUUGUUCGGGGAAAACUGUCUAAACAAAAUCGGACUACUUUAGAGGCUUUGGUGACAAUUGACGUGCAUUCAAGGGACGUGUUAGUCGGUCUUUUCCAGCAAAACGUAAAAAUCAGCACAGAUUUUAAAUGGCUCUGUCAACUCCGUUACUAUUGGAUGGACGAAAAUAUGUUAACAAUGAUGAUAAAUUCUUCUCUAAAAUACGGCUACGAAUAUCUUGGAAAUAGUUCUCGACUUGUGAUAACUCCUCUAACCGAUAGAUGUUAUCGGACAUUAUUCGGAGCUUUAAAUUUACAUCUCGGUGGAGCACCGGAAGGUCCCGCUGGAACUGGAAAAACGGAAACGACUAAAGAUUUAGCUAAAGCCGUCGCCAAACAAUGUGUCGUCUUCAAUUGUUCCGAUGGAUUGGAUUACAUUGCCUUGGGAAAAUUCUUUAAAGGACUUGCAUCGUCUGGAGCUUGGUCAUGUUUCGAUGAAUUCAAUCGAAUUGAUCUGGAAGUUUUGUCAGUGGUUGCUCAACAAAUUUUGACAAUUCAACGAGCAAUUAAUGCCGGAAAAUCGACACUUAUUUUCGAAGGAACUGAAAUUGGUUUAGAUCCAACGUGCGCUGUUUUUAUAACAAUGAAUCCAGGUUACGCUGGCAGAACGGAACUUCCUGACAAUUUGAAAGCUUUAUUCCGCUCUGUGGCGAUGAUGGUGCCUGAUUAUGGAUUGAUAGCGGAGAAUACUCUCUACUCGUAUGGUUUUUACAAUGCACGACCCUUAUCUGUAAAAAUUGUCAUGGCCUAUCAGCUUUGCUCAGAGCAGUUAUCGACCCAAAAUCACUACGAUUAUGGGAUGAGAGCUGUUAAAUCAGUUCUUGUAGCUGCCGGUAAUUUGAAACUAAAAUAUCCAAACGAAAAUGAAGCUAUUUUAAUGCUACGAAGCAUUAAGGAUGUAAAUCUACCGAAAUUUUUGAGUCCUGAUCUUCCACUUUUUCACGGUAUUGCGUCAGAUCUUUUUCCAAAUGUUCAACUUCCCGAUCCUGAUUAUACGGAUUUAAAUGCUUGCAUUCACGAGGCUUGCGUCACUGCAAAUAUUCAAUGUACUCCAGCUUUUUUGGAAAAAAUUCAACAGAUUUAUGAAAUGAUGAUCGUUCGUCACGGAUUUAUGAUUGUUGGAUUACCAUUCGGGGGAAAAACAACGGCUUAUAAAAUAUUGGCAGAUGCUUUGGCUCUAUGCGAGGAACGCAAUUUAAUAAACGAGCAUAAAGUCGAGAUGACGAUAAUCAAUCCAAAAUCAAUAACAAUGGGCCAAUUAUACGGAGAAUUUGAUCCUGUUUCUCAUGAAUGGAGCGAUGGUGUUCUUGCCGUUAGUUAUCGAACUUUUGCAAUUUCCACAAAUGAAAAUAGAAAAUGGUUAAUUUUCGAUGGACCAAUUGAUGCCGUUUGGAUUGAGAAUAUGAACACUGUUUUGGAUGAUAAUAAAAAAUUAUGCCUAAUGAGCGGCGAAAUUAUUCAAUUGGCACCGACGACAAAUUUAAUUUUCGAACCAAUGGAUCUUGAGGUCGCUUCACCGGCCACUGUAUCACGUUGUGGCAUGAUUUAUAUGGAACCAUCGGCUUUAGGAUGGGAGCCACUAUUAAAAUCGUGGAUUGAAACCACACCAAAAAUUUUCAGUUCUUUUUUGAAAAAUUUCCUCUUUGAAUCGCUAUUUAUCAGAUUUUGUAAACCAUUGUUCUUUUUACUUCGUCAUGGUGCAGAAAUGUGUCCAAUGCCAGAUUCAAAUUUACUCCGAUCAAUAACGUAUUUGAUGGACUGUUUCUUUGACGACUAUGAUGAUGAAAAAUUCGCAAAGAGCAUCAGUGAACUAGAUUUACGUGCUCAAGUCGAAGGAUCUUUCUUUUUCUCGUGUAUUUGGGCAAUGGGCGGAACAUUGAAAGCACAACACAGAGAGACAUUCAGUAUUUUGUUUCGAGGACUUCUAGAGAAGCAAUUUCCAGAUUCUCUAAUGCGACAAUUUCAAUUGACUGAAUCAGUACCUCCGCCUAAUAAACCCUAUAUUUUUAUUAUGCCAAAAGAUGGUCUUGUCUUCGACUAUAAAUUCAUCCGAGAAGGUAAAGGGAAAUGGAAAUUAUGGUCCGAUGAAUUGAUAAAUACACCGCCGAUAGCAAGAGAUAUUCCAGUGAAUCAAAUAAUUGUGCCUACAGUUGAAACUGUUAGAUAUACGGCACUUUUUCAAUUAUUGGUUCAACAUGAAAAGCCCGUAUUAUUUGUUGGCUCAACUGGAACUGGGAAAUCUGUCUAUAUUAUUGAUUUUCUAUUGAAGAAAAAUGAUACGAAAAUUUAUAAGCCAUUGAUUAUUAAUUUCUCAGCGCAAACAACGGCAAAUCAAACACAGGAUAUUAUUAUGACAAAACUCGAUAGAAGAAGAAAAGGUGUUUACGGUCCACCAAUUGGUAAACGUUGGAUUGUUUUUGUCGACGAUGUAUCAAUGCCAAUGAAAGAAAUUUAUGGCGCACAACCGCCAAUUGAACUUCUACGACAGUGGCUCGAUCAUUGGCUAUGGUACGAUCGAAAGGAGAUAACUCCUUUGAAUUUGAUAGAAAUUCAAUUAAUGUGCGCCAUGGGUCCACCAGUUGGAGGAGGAAAGGACGUAACACCAAGAUUUAAAAGACAUUUUUUUGUUUUGACAAUUUCCGAAUUCGAGGAUGACGUCAUGAUCACAAUUUUUAGUAAAAUUGUUCUGUGGCACUUGGACACUAGAGGAUUUAGUAAAGAAUUCGAUCCGUGCAUUGAUCAAAUUGUUCUUGCAACACUGGACAUUUAUAAGCAGAGUUUAAAAAAUCUAUUACCAACACCAGGAAAAUCACACUAUAUUUUUAAUCUCCGAGAUUUUUCAAGAGUGAUACAGGGUGUACUAUUGUCAGUUCCUGAAACAAUGCCUUCAUUGGUGAACAUGAAGAGACUUUGGGUCCACGAGGUUCUUCGAGUUUUUGGCGAUCGUCUUGUCGAUCAAUCUGAUUUAAAUUGGCUCGUGAAACAAUUACACAUUACUGUUAAAGAACAAAUGGAAACGGAUAUGAAUAUUAUGUUCGAAGAUCUCUUACUAGAAAAUAAGAAAAUGGUCGGUGACGACGAAUUAAGAAGACUUGUAUUUUGUGAUUUCACUGAUCCAAAAGCGGAUGUUCGAUUAUAUCAAGAAGUCGUGGAUUUGGAAGCCCUACGUGGUAUUGUGGAAACAUAUCUAAUCGAAUACAACUCGAUGACAAAAAAGCCAAUGAACUUGGUACUGUUUAGGUUUAUUUUUAUUGAUAAUAAAUUUUGUUGUAGAUUUGCCAUCGAACAUUUGUCGAGAAUUUCACGAAUUAUAAAGCAACCGAGGAGUCAUGCUCUUUUAGUUGGUGUCGGUGGUUCAGGAAGGCAAUCAUUAACGAGACUGGCGUCACAUAUUUGCGACUACGAUGUUUUUCAAGUUGAAAUCAGUAAACAUUAUGGAAUGCACGAGUGGCACGAGGAUAUUAAAUUAAUUUAUCGAAAAACAACAAAUUCCGAUAUCCAUUCAACUUUUCUCUUCACUGAUUCGCAAAUUAAGGAGGAAAGCUUUUUGGAGGAUAUUAAUAAUAUGCUCAAUUCUGGCGAGGUUCCAAAUUUGUUUAAUCCUGAGGAGAAGGCUGAGAUUUGUGAAAAAAUGCGUCAAGUGGAUCGUCAAAGGGAAAGAACAAUGCAAACCGAUGGAAGUCCAGUGGCACUUUUUAAUUUGUUUGUUCAAUUGGCUCGCGAACAGUUACACAUUGUGGUAGCGAUGUCAGCAAUUGGAGAUGGUUUUCGAAAUAGAAUCAGAAAAUUCCCUGCACUCGUCAAUUGUUGCACCAUCGAUUGGCUACAACCAUGGCCUGAAGAUGCUCUAUUGGCGGUGGCAACACGAUUCCUCGGCGAAGUGGAACUAACGGAACACGAGAGAAAAGCUGGAAUCGAUAUGUGUCAAUUUUUCCACAUUUCCACGCAAAAUUUGAGUCGGGAAUUUUUCGUACGCCUUGGACGGCAAACUUACGUCACACCAACUUCAUAUUUAGAAAUGAUUAAUACCUUUAAAGACUUACUAAAUAAGAAGAGAAGUGAAAUUCUUUUGGCGAAAGCAAGAUACGAAGGAGGUCUUGGAAGAUUAGAUACGACUCAACAAGAGGUUCAUGAAAUGCAGGAAACGUUGAAACAACUUCAACCACUUUUAGUAACAGCUGCGCAGGAUGUUCAAAAAAUUUUAGCAACCGUUGAGAAGGAAAGUUCUGAAGUGGCAGAAAUUGAAAAAAUUGUUAAAGUCGACGAAGAAGCAGCUAUGGAAGUUGCUGGAAGAGCAGCAGAAAUAAAAGCGGAAUGUGACGCAAAUUUAUCGGAAGCUCUGCCUAUUUUACAAAAAGCACAAGCCGCCCUCAACACUCUAACUGUAACCGACAUUGCUGUUGUAAAAGCUAUGAAAAGUCCACCAGCCGGAGUGAAAUUAGUCAUGGAAAGUGUCUGUAUCCUUAAGGAAAUGAAACCGGAAAGGAUACAGCAGCCAGACGGAAGAAUGGGCGAUGAUUAUUGGAAGGUGUCAUUAAAAGUUCUCAGUGAUGUGAAAUUUUUGGACUCGUUGAUAAACUAUGACAAGGACAAUAUUCCCGAGAGUGUAAUGGAUAAAAUUCGCAAGCACUAUUUAACGAAUAUUAAUUUUGAUUCGGAUAAAAUAAAAACAGCCUCAACUGCUUGCGAAGGUUUGUGCAAGUGGGUUUAUGCAAUUUCGGAAUACGACAAAGUUGCCAAAGUCGUUGCACCAAAGAAAAAAGCACUGGCCGAAGCUGAAGCUGUUUAUAACGAUGCCAUUGAAAAAUUAAAUAUUAAAAGAACACAGUUACGAUUAAUUCAGGAGAAACUUGGAGCCUUGGAAGAAAAGUUGUCAGCAAAGAAAGCGGAUUAUCAAGGAAUGAUGGAUAAAGUUAGCGAUUGUGAGCUAAAACUAAAACGAGCUGAGGAACUAAUCGGUGGUUUAGGAGGAGAAUACAUCAGAUGGUCUGAUUCUGCUAAAAUAUUAGGAGAGAGGUAUCAUCGAUUAACGGGAGACGUGAUCAUUGCCUCGGGAAUUGUCGCCUAUUUAGGACCAUUCACAAUGCCCUUCAGAAUUCAACAAAUUGAAAAUUGGGUUCACCUUUGUAGCAGUUUGAACGUUAUUUGCUCACGAGAUUUUCAGUUACGUGACAUAUUAGGCGAUCAAGUAUUGAUUAGAUCCUGGAAUAUUGCCGGUCUACCGUCGGAUACAUUUUCCAUCGACAACGGCAUUAUUGUCAAAAAUUCAAGACGAUGGCCACUAAUGAUUGAUCCCCAGGGCCAGGCAAAUAAAUGGAUUAAAAAUAUGGAGAAGCAAAAUAAUAUGAGUAUCAUUCGAUUGUCACAGGCCGAUUAUCCGCGAAUUCUCGAGAAUGCCAUUCAAUUUGGUCAACCAAUUUUAUUGGAAAAUAUUGGAGACGAAUUGGAUGCAAUGUUAGAGCCAGUAUUGUUAAAAUUGACUUUCAAACAAGGAGGAGCCGUUUGUAUUAAACUUGGAGAAUCUGUCGUCGAGUAUAAUAUUGAUUUUAGACUAUAUAUCACGACGAAAAUGGGUAAUCCGCAUUACCUGCCGGAAAUUGCGGUGAAAGUAACACUCCUAAAUUUUGUUAUAACUCCAGAUGGAUUAGAGGAUCAACUACUUGGAAUUGUUGUGGCGAAAGAAAGACCUGACCUAGAAUCUGAAAAAAAUACCCUUAUCAUUCAAGGCGCUGCGAAUAAAAAACUUUUGAAGGAAACGGAGGACAAAAUAUUGGAAGUUCUGUCAGUGGCUGAGGGAAAUAUUCUGGAAGAUGAGGAAGCGAUUAAUGUUUUGACUUCCUCGAAAGUAUUGAGCAACGAAAUCCAAGUCAAACAAGCUACUGCCGAAGUUACUGAGAAGUCGAUCGAUGCCACUAGAUUGCAGUAUAAACCGAUAGCAGUGCAUUCAACUGUUCUCUUUUUUACCACCGAAAUUUUGGCAAAUAUUGAUCCUAUGUAUCAAUAUUCGUUGACGUGGUUCGUGAAUCUCUUUAAAAUGUCAAUUGACAAUACGGAGCCCCAGGAGAACGUGGAAUUGCGAUUAAAUGAUUUAACCAAGUAUUUCACUUAUUCCCUCUACGUAAAUAUCUGCAGGUCUCUAUUUGAGAAAGACAAACUACUCUUUUCACUUUUGCUCGCCGUCAAUUUGUUAAACAAUCAAGGGGCAAUUUUAAAAUCUCAGUGGAUGUUCCUAUUAACCGGAGGCGUUGGUCUUGAAAAUCCUCAUGAAAAUCCAACCGACUGGCUUCCAGUUAAAUUGUGGAAUGAACUCUGUAGACUCGAUCAAGUCGAAGGAUUUCAAAAUAUCAGGGAGAAAUUCAUAAAAAAUAGAGACGAAUGGAAGGCAUUUUUUGACGCAAAAGAACCUCAAGUGUCGAUAAUUCCAGAGCCAUUCAAUAAUGUAACGAAAUUUCAAAAGCUCUUAAUUCUGAGAUGCAUUCGACCUGAUAAAGUUAUCCCCGCAGUUCAAGACUUCGUAGAAGCUCAAAUGGGAACACAAUUUGUCGAUCCACCUCCGUUUGAUUUGACAGCUUCUUAUGCAGAUUCCAACUGUUGCAUUCCAUUGAUAUUUGUCUUGACUCCUGGAGCGGAUCCAGCGCAAGUGCUUCUUAAAUUCGCUGACGAUCAAGGUUUUGGAGGAAGUAGAUUGUUCUCACUCUCCUUGGGACAAGGACAAGGUCCAAUUGCAGUUCAAUUAAUAAACGACGGUGUGAAAUAUGGACAUUGGGUGGUACUUCAAAAUUGUCAUCUCGCUAAAAGUUGGAUGGGAACAUUGGAAAAAAUUUGCGAGGGUCUUUUACCGGACACAAUUCAUCCUGAUUUUCGUCUAUGGCUAACGAGCUAUCCAGCUGAACAUUUUCCCGUUUCAAUAUUACAAAAUGGAAUAAAAAUGACAAAUGAACCGCCAAAAGGAUUGCGUGCAAAUAUUAUUCGAUCAUAUUUAAAUGAUCCAAUAAGUGAUGCAGAAUUUUUUGAGUCUUGCAAUCAAAGUGAAAAUUUCAAGAAACUCUUGUAUUCGCUGUGCUUUUUUCAUGCAAUUAUUCAAGAGCGAAGAAAAUUUGGUCCAAUUGGAUGGAAUAAGCCCUAUGAAUUUAAUGAAACAGAUUUGCGUGUUAGUGUUCUUCAGUUACACAUGUUUCUUGAUCAAUAUGACGAUGUUCAAUUUGAGGCUCUUAAAUAUUUAACCGGAGAAUGUAAUUAUGGUGGUCGUGUCACUGACGAAUGGGAUCGAAGGACUCUUAUCACUAUUUUGGAGAAAUUUUACAAUGAGAGUUUAUUGGAGGAAAAAACGUUUUAUUUCGAUGAAACGUCCGAUAUUUACUAUUGUCCAAAAGCAAAUGAAUACGAGAUUUAUUUAGAGUACAGUAGAAAGCUUCCGCUCAUCACAGCGCCGAGUGUAUUUGGAAUGAAUGAAAAUGCUGACAUUAUCAAGGACCAACAGGAGACGGAACUUUUAUUCUCUUCUCUCUUACUCACUCAAGAUCGAAAGGAUAUUUGGGACUUUAGGGAAACAUCAACUGGAACGGGAGAAUUGUCAAGUGAUGAUAUUGUUUCUGGAGUUGCGACGGAUAUUCUCAGUAAACUUCCGAGUGACUAUAAUUUAAUCGAUGCACUUGACAAGUAUCCAACAUCUUACAAUCAGAGUAUGAACACUGUAUUGGUUCAAGAAAUGGGAAGAUUCAACAAACUCUUGCAAUGCAUCAGAAGCAGUCUUGUAAAUUUAAAGAGAGCAAUUCGAGGCCUCAUUGUUAUGUCAUUUGAACUGGAAGAGGUAUUUGCUUCUAUAUUGACUGGAAAAAUUCCAAAUCUUUGGAAACAAAAUUCUUAUCCAUCCUUAAAACCACUGGGAAGUUAUAUAAUCGACUUUCUUGAGCGUCUCAAAUUUCUCCAGUUAUGGUUUGAGAAUGGACCGCCUGUUACAUUUUGGCUGUCGGGGUUUUUUUUCACUCAAGCUUUUUUGACUGGUGCACGGCAAAAUUUUGCACGAAAAUAUAAAAUUCCUAUUGAUUUAUUGGUAUACGAUUUCGAAAUAAUGAAAGAGAGGAAAUUUGAAAUUUCACCUGAGGAUGGAGUUUAUGUUUAUGGUUUAUUCUUGGAUGGUGCGAGAUUUAAUAUGGAGAAAAUGAUUUUGGAUGAAAGUCUUCCGAAAGUUUUGUACAAUACCGUACCUCACCUUUGGCUUAUUCCAAUGAAAAAAGAAGAAAUUAAGGAGCGAAAAACUUACAAUUGUCCUGUUUACAAAACUGGCGAAAGAAAAGGUGUCCUCUCAACAACCGGUCAUUCUACCAAUUUUGUUAUUGCAAUGAGACUUCCGACGGAUAAAUCAGCCGAACAUUGGAUUAUAAGAGGCGUUGCAAUGCUUUGUCAAUUGACACAGUAAAAAAAUGCACUUUUACAAAAUCAUUUUUGAUUUUAUUUGCACAAUUAUAUGAUUUAUUAAGAUUUUAGAAAAUAAUUGAAUUAUAU